AUGACGAAAUUACCGUAUUGUCCUGUUAUCUUUCCUUUCGCGUCGAGAUCCUGCGGAAUCCUUGGAACCUCCGCUGCCAUUCACAGGAUCACCGAAAACGGGGAGAUCCUUUCGCGAAUCAUGCCCGACGAGUGCUGCUGGUUCGCCAGUCAAUCGAGAUGCGGAGUAUCCAGAAUUUCGGACAACAUUGUGGUAAGGAGUAUCGAACGAAAGAUUCUAUUCUUCGAAUAAAUAAUUCACUUAUCAACGUUUUUUUAUAAACGUAAAUCUAUACAGAAUUGCACUGCAUUCUUGGACUGUUCCCAUCACGCGAGGGACAAAGAAUGGUUCUGUCAGAACACCACGAUGGCCCAUCCGUCGGAGAUACUGCGUCAAAUCGAGAAUUACGAGUCGUUCGCGAGCGAAAGGGGUGACGGAAGUUACGUGAUAAUCGGUACACCGAGUAACGGGAAUCGAAGUAGCGACACUAACGGAGACGACGACUUCGACGAGGAUAUUCGUAAGCAGACAGCUUUAAAGAUGGAGAACGGCGGUUCCCCGAAACACUCGAGCGUCUCUUCCGGGAAGAAGGAUGGAAAUAUUUGA